AUGAAGCAAACAUCGCAGUUUGGUACGAUUAUCUCGUCUCGAAAUGUACAUCCUUAUCAAACAACGGUAGUUCCUCGUAGUGAACAACAGUUUGCGACAGCAUCGAGACUAAGAGCAAAAUUCCCAUGGGCAGAAGAUGUAAACUCGCCAGCUGUAGGUCAAACUACUGAUCGAUCCACACCUGAACACCUCUACCAUGUACCUCAAUACAAAGAGACUGGGCUUCCUUCACCAGUUUAUCAUACCCCAUAUGGAACUGGCAUGUGGAGUAACAUAAGAAGAGGGGAUAUGAUGUUACCAACAAGUACCUACACAUUUCCAACAUGUGCCUCUUCAUUUUCUCUACACCCACAAGAGCUAAAUCAAGUAAUGGAACAGAUACCUUCAUUGCCAUCAGCCAGCCCAGAAGUGCCAAUUAUUGGAGCAUGUGGUGGACAUUGCCCUGGAUUUGAAUAUGUUUGCUAUUAUAUUUUACAGGUUAUCUUUGUAGUGGGUAUUCUGACUGGAAUUUCAUUGUGUAUUGCUGGUAUAGUCUUAAGAAGAACAAAUCGUAAUGGAGACCUAGGAGUUCUAGUAUAUAUUGGCUGCCUAUCAUCUUGUGUCUGUGGAGUGUUACUUGGAGUACAAUGUUGUGUUCGAAGAGAGAUAAGACAGCGGAAACUAAGGACUAACAUGCACAUUCCCAUGCAGUCAAUUCAGGAAGUUCCUGCACCGGCUUUUCCCUUAAUACCGUCCACAAUACCUCGUAGUCAAAUUUAUAGACCUACUACUUCAUCAAUAUCCCAAGAGGAUGAAAUUUUAGGAGUUCCUUGGUGGCGUCGCACAAACAGAGACUGA